AUGGAACAAAAUGACGACGAUUCAUCUAUUACUGAAGUUUCGAGCUGUGAUACUUGGGAACUUAUUUCUUCUCCUUAUACACUCAGACAAAUUAGGCAAGAAAUAAAAGGUGAACUUGUUCAGACUAUUAACGAUGAUAUUCUUCCUCAACUUUUACAAAAAUAUGUAAAAGAUUUGAACUUUUCCGAUAACGACAUUAAAACAAGUAUAAUAAUCGAAAAAGCUUUUGAUAAAAAAGUAACAAAUCGAAUUCAUUCAUUGAAAAAUGAAAUAAUAAGAGAUGUUUUGGAAAUUGUUAAACAUGAAAUCGUGCCAGAGAUUUUGGAAAAGGUCAAUCGAGACAUUGUAACAUUCGUGACAAAAAAAUUAGCAGCUAGCUUCAAGCCUACUGAAAGUCCAGAGUCGACUCAGUCAUCCAUAAAUCAUCUCUCAGAAUAUAAAUCCGCAUGCAAUCAAAUAAUGAAAGAUAUUAAACCUCACAUUAAUCACCUUACAAUUUUAUUUUGCUUCCAUGAAAAACUCAUUACCAACUUUGACUUGACUUCACAAUCAAUUCCAAUAGUCUUGAAAUCUUUUCACCCAUUUUGCGGCAAAUUUUCUCCAAUUGUUAAUUUAAUCCGAAAUGUUUUAAUUAACUGCUGGUCAAAUAAUUGGACUGGAAGUCUUGUAAUUACUAGUGACUCGAAGAAUUCUUCUGAAAUUAUUUGUAAAUUUCUGAAACGUAUUAGAGGAUUAUUUGAUAAUUAUACUUUAGGGAUUACAAUUGUUGAGAUUAAAGGAUGCGAGUUUAAAGAUCAAAAAACCUGCAAAAAGUAUACAGAUGAUUAUGAUUAUUCAGUUUAUAAUGACUUGAGAAUUAAUGAAAGGAUUUCUUUGGACCACUCUAAAAUCACUUGCACGUCUAAAAGUCAAGAUGCUACUAUAACGUUUCAAGACGGCGAUUUGUUUGGAAAAUAUGCAGAAUUUAGCAAUCAUCAUAUUACUGCUAUAAAAAUAAAGGACGAAAUUUGGCCUACACCAGUACAUUACAUUGAAGCUCAAAAAUACACUUCACAUAGCAUCCAAAAGCAAAUUCGUAUGACAUCGAAUAUCAAAAAAGCAUUAGCAUUUUCACAAAAUUAUAGUUCUCAACAACGUAAAGAUUGGGAUUCUUUUAUUCUUCCAUCUGGACAUAAUUUCGUUACAGCUAACGAAACACCAAAGCUUGAGGCUUUUCGUAUUGCAAUAACCAAUAAGUUUGAGCAGCACCCGCAUCUAAAAUAUAAGUUGUUAUCUACUGGGUCUCUUUCGAUUAAGCAUCAAGCAAAGGAUGCUGAUGGUAAUAUUUUAGAUUUAGUGGACAAAAAUUUGUUGGGAAAGGUUUUAGAAGAUGUUCGAAACUUGUUUAUGGAAAUUGAAUGCAAAAAGGCAGCGAAUGAAUUUGUUGAUGGUGAUGAAAAAUUAUUUUUGGAAGAAGUGAGAGGGAAAAUUUGGGAAUUUAAAAAUAUUUGA